AUGUCAGGGAAGGAUUUAUAAGACUUUAUUCCAGAUAAUGAUGCUAUGGACGAUGACGAUAUGGAUCCCAUGAAUGAAGACUACUUAAUGAAAGAUUUAAUGACAGGCUUUGGAAAUACAUCAGCAGGAAAUAGCUUUAAAGAUAAAAUUUAAAGCAAGGAUAAAUUAGACUCAUUUUCACCAGAGAAGUAAAGAGAUUCAAUUAAAAAAUCAAUAGAUGAAACAAGCAAUCGAUUGAGCAAGAGAAAGUCUAUGGUAGAUAACAAUUUAAUGAAAGGAUUUAGCCAAAGUGAUGAUUCAGAUGAUUACUUCAAUAAUCAGCAGAAAAGUUAAAGUAAAGCAAAAAUGUAUAAUGCAUCAUUAGUAAUUCCACCUGACGAAAUGAAUUUAAAUAGAGCUAGUAUGGUACCUAAAUAAAAUGAAAAGUUUGAGAAUGAAUAAAACAGACCAAGAAUCCAAACUAUUACCAAUAACUAAGCUUUGACCUCUAGAAAGGCUGUGGUAAGGGGUCCAAAUACUAAUAAAUUUCAUGACAUGCUUGAUCAAAUUGAUGUAGAGGAAAAGUCAUUGUCUCAUUAAGAUGACUUAAUGGAAGAUGGUUCUUAGAUGAUGGAUAAUUUACUUGGCUAAGUAGAUUCAUUCUAAGAAGAAAGACAGGGUACAGGCGGUGCUGAUAAAUCUCUAAACAAAACUAAUGAUGGAAAGGAUUCCUCAGAUUAAUUUGAUAUGAAUCAUAGUAAUGGAUAAAAAAGCAAUUAGAGUCUAGGCUAAAUAAAAGCCAAUCCAAGAUUCUCAACAAUAUUUGAUGACAACUACUUGAAGUCUAGUCUUGUUUAAACUCAUUCUAUGUACAAGCGCAGAGGGUCAAAUCUUCGAAAAACUUCCAGUGGUCAGGACUAAAAUUCCUCACAUCCUGAAAUAUCUGUGGAAGAUAAAAAGGAAUAACUAGCUGGUGCAGCCUCAAAUGAUGUUUAGCCUGAGACCAAUUAAGAGGAUUCGCUUGACACGGAGGAGGAUUUAAAUAACUAUUUAGAGGAGUUAGAGGAAACAGACAAGAAAAAAGACUCACACCAUAAGCAUGAGCAACCCUCUGGAAAAAGUAUAUCUAAUAUAAGCAAGAUAUCAGGCUAAAGAGAUGCAAUUGAUGUAAUCGAAGAAGUAGAAGGAGAGGAUGAUGAGAACUUUCUGAACUCAGAUGAGAGUUUCACCAAGGAAUUCUAUUAGACCAUGCAUCAAGAUGUUCUUGAAUACAACAUGACUCCCUAGAACAAGAGGAGAUCUAUAAAAAUCAGAGAAAUAACCAAAGAUGAUUGGGACUAUAAGGAUUUGGUUAAAAUGAUUGACUGGAAUGAAAGAAGGUACUAAGAAAUGGCAAAGUCAAAACUCAAAGAAAAUUCAGUAUUAUCUAUAAAGAACCAAAACACAAGUGACAUUCGUAUUAGAACAUUUACUAACUUCGUGAAUCUAAAUUCAGUUUCAAAGAAAAUGGUAAGUGAGCGUUCAUUUUCAAAAUCUAGAGCCACAUGCCUUGGUAUUAGCGAAGAUUUACUAAUGAUUGGUAAUACAGAAGGGUAAUUGUGGAUGUUCGAUAGAGAAUCAGAAGAAGACUAUGCAAGUUAUAGUGAGAAGUCUAAGGAAUUCAUAGGCAAUUCAGUCUCUGCAAUAGAUGUCCAUCCUAAUAGAACAGAGUAUGUAGUUAUUGGCUAUGAAAGAGGUCAAAUAGUGUUAAUAGAUGUUACUGAACCAAAGAAAUCAAUAAAAACAAUCAAAGAUCACCAUAAGAUGUCUGCAAUUGUAAAUAUCAAAUUCGUUGAUUGGUAUGGAAACUUGCCAUUAAAGAAUGUCAAUGAAGUCUAAACUGAGUUCACCAAGUAAUAGAUCCUAUAAGAAGAAGAUAAAUAAGCUUGGAUGUUUAUAUCUAUAGAUCAAACUGGCAAGGUUAUCAUCAAUACAAUCUAAAAAGCCUUAUUUGGAAUGAAAGCUAGCAAGCAUAUAGUAAUAGAUCCAACAAAGCAAUAAGUGCCUAUGUCUAAAUUUCAUGGUAUUGGCGAGUAUGAUGAUAUCCCCAUUUUCGCUCUUGGCAAUUCUGAGGAAGUUCAUAUAAUGGAAGCAAGACCUAAUAUGCAUACUGAAUUUCUAACCAUUAAAAGGCCUCAGAGAUAUUUUAGUCGUAGUAGAAAUGACUUUGAAACUUUCUAAAAGUUUGCGCCAAACCUUUCAUGGGGACAUGGUCACUCACCUGUCUUAAAAGAUCGACCACAUUCGCUAUUGGCAGUUUGCUGGGGACCCUUAAUUCAGCUAGUGGUUAUUAUUGACCAUGAUGAUGUUGAUUAACCAUUCAUUGAAGAUGGCUAUUACAUUUUGAGAAAUUGGAACACGGGAGAGUAAAAAAUGAUCAAGACUCCUAGAGUCAGAAGAUCUGUUAGAUUUGCUAAUGAUGAGUACUCUGAUAAUAGAAGCAUGAUUAAUCAAAGUACUAAAGAAGAUUCAAAGAGAAAUGAUUCUGUGCAAAAUAGUAGAAUUGAGGAUAAGGAAAUAUUCUUUGAGGAAGUUUAUGAUGAUUCUCAAGCCUUUAAUAUUCCUAGUUUGUUCAUUGAACAAAUACAAUUCGUUUCUGACAGCACAUUGAUGGUGAUCACUUAAUCCUAAGAAAUUAGAAUACUCUACACUUAAUCAUUUAAUCCCGAGAUAUAUGAUGCAGAAAAAGUAUAGUAAUAAGAGAAGAAUUCCCUCAGAAAUUCAAAUAGGAUUGUCCCUAAAGUGUUCCCUGAAAUUGAAGUAGGAAUUAAACUCCCUUAAGUCUAACGAUCAGAGUUUGGAGGAGGCACUUUCAAUCAAACAAUUAAAUUUUAUGAAUCCAAAUUGGUUAUCCUUACUAGUAAAAACAUUCAAGCAUGCAAUCAUCUAUCCUGGUAAGACUCUAUUCAGGAGUUUAAGAGAUAUGUUCAAGAUGAUUUGAUCAAAGUUUUCUCAAGACUGCUUGAUAUCUAUAAAGGCAAAAUUAAAGGGUUUUCUGGCAUCCCAGAUAACUCAACUAUCAGAGAAAUUCAGCUCAAAGCUGGCUUGAAGCUUAACGUCAGAGAGAUUAUAUGUGAGAAGAUAGAGAAAACCUAUCUUUAAAAUUAGAAACUUCAAAACUAAGUCAACACUUAGAUUGACAGCUCUAAGAGCAAGGAGGAGCAAAAGAAGUAACUUCAAGCAUUGUAAGAGUUCUAAGAGGAUAGAAAGAAGAAGUAUCAGACUUUGAUCAGGAUUUCUAUUGAAUUCUGUGUUGAGCUAAAGGACUGUUACUUCUUAUUCUAUGAUUUAUUCCUUCUGUUCAAAGAGGAAUAACUUGAGGAUCUAUUUAUUGAGGAGUUAGAGCCAUUCAUUCUAGCAGGUAAAUUCUAGGAAUGGGAGAUACCUAAUGACAUACUUUAGGAGCAUGUGAUUAAUUACUAUAAAAAUGAUCCGACAAAAGCUGACUAACUUGAGAAAAUCAUUGUCAACCUUAACUUUAAUCAAAUCGAAAAAAAGAUAGUGCUUGAAUUCAUUCAUUUUAGCGAGCAAAAUUUCUUGUCAACAUCCAUUCUUUUUCUCUAUACUUAAGUUAUUGAGAAAAAAGACAAUACUUCAUGCGUACAAGUACUAUGCUCACUAUUUGAUCUCUACAAGAAAUGCACUAAACAGAGUUCAAUAUCUGUCUUUGACUUACAAAUGCUAAAGGAAUUCGACUACGAUUCAGAUGAGAAAAAGCAAAUAGAAAAAUCUCAAUUGUAUCUUGGCUACAAAAUACUCUGGGCCAUCAGAUUAUUUAUUGAUGGUAAAAAGUUUCCGUAAGGUAACAUUAGAGAGAGAAAAUGGAGAAGCUACAUUCAUGAUGUCAUUCAGUUCCUCUCUACUCAUGAGUAUAUCAAAGUCUUACUUGAUAUUGAUGCAGAAACUUUAUUCUAAGUUAUUUCUAUCUUGUUUUACUAAAGCAAACCAUUUGAACUUGUUUAGUAAGGAAGAGACCUCCAAUCUAAUCCAAAUCUUUUCUCAUUAACUCAUGUGGAAUUCCUUAAGGAUUUAGAUUCAUACUGCAUGCUUGAAACCACACCUGAAGGCAUCAAGAAUCAAUAUUUGUUCUUUGUAGCCAAUGUAGUUGCUAAGUCCUAGAUACAUGGUGUGAGUGUCUACUAUUACUAUAAGAUAACUAGAGAGUUGAUGAGUAGACAUCGUAAGUAUCUUGAAUUCAAUAAGAAUUUACAUGAGAUGUCAAACAAAAAGAAAAAGAAGAUAAAUGAGCAACUUAGCAAAUCAAAUGAGCACAUUAUUCUCAAGUAAUAGCAGCAAGAUGAACUAAAGUACAUCUAAAAGACUGAAAAUGAUUUUAUUAAUUUGAUAAAGCUUAGCGAACCAUUAGACAACAUCUAGAUUUCAGAGAUGCUCAAGCUACUAGACAAUUCAUAAUUUAAUCAGGUGAGAGUGUAUUUGCUUGAAAAGAAGCAAGAAUACAUUAAAUGUCUAUAAAUGCUACUGACUGAUUACAAAGUCAAUGAGGCAUGGACAUAAGAGCAUCAGGCAGAGCGAGUUAUAAAUUGGAUCAAAGAAAAACUGGCUCUCCUUGAGGAAAAAUCAGUUAUAUCAAUCUAAGAUAAGACGAUACUUGAACAAUUCAAGAGAGAGGUUACUUAAAAUAUAAAGAAAAUUGUAGUGAUGAAUCCAAAAGAGACAAUUAAUUUGAUUGAAGAGAAAUUUGGAGCGAAUCACAAGGAGAUGAUAGACUUGCUGAGUCGAGACCCAAUGGAGCAGAUGCUUUACCUCGAAACUCUACUUGAAGAGUAAGAUUAAACCAUAUAAGAAACAAUAAAGAGCUACGGAUUGAGGUCGACGAAUCCCCAGGAAGCCAAACGGUACAUUGAAUUCCUGAAACUGCAUCUUAAGUUAUGUUGUCAAAUGAACAAGGAUAAAGUAUUAAGCAUAGUUGAAAAAAUGGUAAAGCACUCCUACUAUCCCAUCUAAGAUUGUCUCCAGAUCUGCUAAGAAAAUGGCUUGAUUGAAGCAGCAUUUUUGCUGAACAAAAAACUAGGGAAGUAUUUUGAUAGUGUAACAUAGGGUAUUUAAAUCAUCAGAAAUAAGAUAAACUUGACUAAGUUGAAGAUUGAAAUAUAUUUCGCCCACAAAAAGUAAGAUAUUAGCUUAACUUUCCCCGUAACUCAUGAUUAUAUGACAGAAUGCACUACUUUUGACUCCUUCUUCAAGUAGAUCUUACAGAUCUGCAAAAAAAACUCGAACGAGGUAGAAGUUGGUAAGGAGGAGGAAGUCUGGUUUAUAGUGAUUGAUAUGCUUCAAGAAAUGAGAAAUAACGAAAUACUUCAUAAUAAGAGGUAUUGUAGAUAAUUUUUCCAAAAGAGAAUAAAUCUCUUUUUAGAAGCCUUAAUUAAGGUGAUUCCUUUCAAAAAUUUCAUAAAUCAUGUGCUUCUCUAAUAAGUAGAUCUAUAAUUCAAGGAGUUUGAAGAUAUUAUUCUAUAACUAUUCUAGAACAAUAACUCAGAAUCUCUGGUACUGUAAAAUGCUAACAAUGCAAUAUACAAAGUCAAUACUGAGCUAUUCUCGCAGUUUUCUUAACAAACAAUGAAGGGUAUUUUAUUUAGACAAAGAGUGUGUAUGUUGUGUAAAAAAUACAUAGACUCGCAUCUAUACGAUGAAGCAGAGGAUACUACUCAUGAUGAAACUUUGAAUAAUCUUUCUGAUGAAGAUGAUGAUGCUUUUGAUAGCUAUUUCUACGAUUCUUCCAAAGAGUAUGUGAAGAUAUUCGCAUGCAAACACACUUACCACAUCAGAUGUCUAAGAAAACACUAUAAAGAGAAAUAUGAUGAAGUUGAGGAGAUCUACAUGAGAAAGGUCGAGAGAUUAAGAUGCCCUAAAUGUAACUUAAAGAACUAUGAUAUUGAUGGUGAGACCAAGAAGUUUAAAUAGCAGCCAUAGAGAUCUAGAGCUAAUGAACAGCAAACUAGCAUGAAGUAGCUAUCUGAAUUAUCCCACUCUAAUCAUUCGAGUGGUAUAAGCCUAAGUGAUGAUCCUAUAGAAAGAAAACUAUAGGCCAGAUAGAUUAGAAAUACGAUGAAAUCAUAGACAUUAAAAAACAGAUAGCUGCAAAAACUUUCAAAAAUGAUGAACUUUUUUGAAAGUCAAAAGGAAAGUGAGGGACUACUUAUCAAAGACUUCAGAUGA